AUGGCUGCAAGCGAAAUGGCAGCUGGCUAUGUGACUAGAAAGUCAGAGAGGCAGGGGAAAGCUUUGAAAGAGCCUCCCCCUCGGGUCCCUCGCUUCCUCGAGAGUUGGGUCUUCUGCCACACCGCAUCUCCUGAGCUUUUGAUGUCAGCAAGUUCAGAAAGUGCUGACCAACCAGCCCCAGCAGACUCUGUUCAUGGACGUGGAUUUCUAGUUCUGGUUUGUCGGAAAACGAGGGCCGGGAUUUGCCCUUUAGUAGUGGAUUCGGGAUAUCAGAUGUUUUGGCCGCUGCGGCAAGAGUUCAACGAUAAGUAUCGUGGGCUUGAGGAAUUUGGACUCAGAGUCUUGUCAGAAGUUUUGGCGAAAAAUCGAAAGUGGAGGUACUUCUUAGGAGCUCUAUUUGUAGAAAGUUCCGAUAGAAAGUAUCAAAGAAAGAAGGGGCGUGGGAAGGAAGAGUGUAGAUUUCUCCUAUGGAGCGCUAUAAGGGCCCAGUUCUGUUCUCCUUUGGUCGAGAAAACCCGUUCUCUGGACUGGAGUCGGGCUUCAUCCAGUACCGGUGCCUGUGCAGACCAGAAGGAAGGGCAAAUCGACUCGUACCUCGGGUACCGAGGGUCGUCAACAGAAGAUAGAAAACUUGCGUCGAAAUCCUACUCACUCCUAUUAGCGCUUUACUCCAGUGUCCACAGACCCAACAUUUUGAGAUAUUUACGCGCCAGGGAAAAAGAGAUAAAUCGAGAGCCUUUACUCAGAUCUGAUAGAACCGAUGAGGAGCUUAGUCCUUCCCGAUUUAGUCUUUACUCAUCAGGUGACGGAUUUACAAUGAAUACCGACUCUGCUUUGGAACUUACUCUUGAUAGGUCGAGACAUUACCAUAAACAAUACCUCUUAUUCCAUAGUUAA